UUCCAGUCUAGUCGCGAGUUGAGACAUCCUCUAUCAUCUACUGUGAGGACCACCGUUCCAUUAAAGGUCACAAUGGCAGACCCCUUUGAAGUUCGCAUGCGCUUUACAGCGCAGCUACAACAUCUAAAUGCAUCCGUCACCUCAUCUCAAAAGGCAGCGCACUAUGCGCUCAAAUACCGCGAUAUGGACGAGGAUCUUCACUCGUGCAUUUUAGAGCAGCUCGAGAGAAACAACAUGAACAACAGAGCCAACAUCCUCUACUUUAUCGAGCAGUUCUGCGAAAUGGCCACCAAAGAAGACCACCCUCCCUACGUCCGAAUGAUCCAGCGCGAUAUAUUCCGGGUCGUCGAUGCCGUAGCGCCAGCGGAUGGCUCCGGGGCCGCAAAUAUCAAACACGUCCGGCGAGUUCUCAACGGCUUACACAGCAAAGAGAUCCUCUCCGCGGAAACCGUCGCGGAGAUCGAUGCCGGGUUGAAAGACCGCGAGACGCACCCUGCACACCUGGAUUUGGAAGCGGAGGAGGAGGACCCAGAGACAAGUGCGAAGUCGAAAACGGGGACACCGCGGGGGUCCCGCGUGAACGGGCUGCGCGUGGACAAGAGGCAAAUCGAGCAACGAAUCGAGGAAGACCGGGAACGGAACAAACGGCUCCGGGAGAGUAUGUGGACUGUUAGUGGGGAUGACGGGGACGAGCAUGGCAAGUUCUGGGAUGAGACGAGUGAUAUUGGGGAAGACGAUUUUAUGACUGCGAAUGAAGAGCUCAUGGAACGCAGCCAGAUGGUUGGUGCUGCAUAAGCUGCAGGGCCAGUGGCUAUUAUUGAGUUACAGAGUCAGGAUGUUAAUACGUCCUCCUCGGGUGCAAAUAUGAUAUUGAAACUGGGAAUGGAGUUUGGGAUAUGGGCGAAGAAAAAGUAUAGCGAUCGGCGUCCGUGUUUUUCUAUCCUUACAUUAUUAUUGUUUGUUGAGAUACCAGAAUCUAAUGUAUGUACAUCACCAUAUAUAUACUGAUC